UAGAGGGACGUUAAACGCGUUGCCAUAUGAUUAUUAUCAAUUAACAAUUGGUGCGAUUAAUUAACUCCUGCGACACUCGUGAACGGUCCGAAGCAAUAUAUUUCAUUUUUUUCUACGAAUUUUAUUGUCAAUCUAUAUACAUUUCCAAUAGAAAUCGAAGCGACAAGAAAUAAAAAUUUCCAGUUAUCUGUAAGCAAGUUAAUUGUAUAUUUUAUUGCGAUCUUUACAGGCGAUAUUUAUUAAUAACGUCGCGGUCAGCGACGCGUAAAUUUGGGGUGCGUUGUAACUUUGUAGCGAUCGUAAUUUGCCAUGGCAAUAUAAUAAGAUUCGAGUCAUGUGUAAUCAAUGUCGAUAAUGCAGUGCAAAGUGUCGUAUUCUGCUAAUUAGCGCGCGAUCGUAAUUAACUGUGUUUUCGCGAGGGAGUGUCGAGUGUCAUCAAAAAAUAGCAAAGGAUGACGAGAGAAGAAUAAGAGAAAAGGAGGAAGCAUCGGAGAGGCGGAUGAUGAUGGAGCAACCGUGAGGAAGGAGACACAGGAGUAAGCAAGAAGUACACCGAUAAAUAUCGAAUCGAGAAUCGAGAAGUUUGAUGGAAGGGACUGACAACUUGUAAGAAUCAGACACGAAAUGUUCCUAGAUGCAUUCUUAGGAAUAAAGCAAGAUCGAUUAUUGCAGAUCUCGAUAAGAAAUUUUGUGUCGCAAGAAAAAUCGGAUGACAGCAUGUAUCGAUACUUCUUUAUUCAUCGUCCACGCGCUGCAACGUGAAAAAUAAUUGAUUAAGAAUAUGAUUGAUGGUCAUUGAUAAAGAAGGAAAAAAAAUGAUCGGCGACACCCAGAAUCAAACGGACAAGGAGCUGUUCGCGUGGAUCGACAGCAUUCCUAUCUCGAAGCCCGCGAGAAACUUGACGAGGGAUUUUUCUGACGCCGUUCUCAUAGCAGAGAUUUUGAAAGUAUAUUAUCCUCGAUACGUGGAACUUCACAAUUAUGUGCCGGCGAGUAAUCUGAACAUGAAGAAGGAGAAUUGGAACACGCUAAAUCGAAAGGUACUUGCUAAGAUCGAUAUGAAAUUGAGCAAGGACACGAUCCAUCAUUUGGCGAAUGCGUCGCAAAGCGCGAUCGAGAAGCUCCUGCUGGAGUUGAAAAUGAAAAUUUUAAAAAACGACGAAGAAACGCACAGGCUGAAAUCCAAAUAUGAUGCGGAAGGUACUCGAUAUCAAAUAACAGAGGAAAAACUUGAAGAUUCGCCAACGGACAAUCAACUUAAUUCAUCGGCGGAAAGUUCAAAGAAAGUCGAGGCCGAUAAGAAAAUUAAUGAAAUUAAUCCGUCAAAAUUUGCGCGUCUCAUACAAGGACUCCUCUUCGUCUUCAGUUGGAUUAUCUGUCCUUUUCGUAUAUGGAAUUUAUUUAGCUUCUGCAAACUUCCUCGUUUGGGCAGAUAUAGGCGCAACGCGCUUGCGGACAUCGAGACAGAGGGAAUUAAAAACGGAAAUGAUGAAACCGUUCGUCGCGCGAUUUAUAUGAAGCUGAAGCAAGAAUUACGUGAAAAAGAAGAGAUAAUAUGCACUUUGAACCACAAGAUUACAUAUCUGGAGAGUUCGAUGAAAGUCAAGGAUCUACGCAUCUCCAGCCUAACUACGCAAAUCCUGCAAAAUGGACUCGAGAUAGAUCAAUCGACGAUAUCAAGCGGUGACGCUCGCGUUAAAUUACGAUCGCGAUCGCACAAUUUUCACGAAACCAAAACCAAUUAG